AUUCUUGGUCCAAUCUUUGCGAUUGCAUAUAAGGUAUUCAGAAAACAUUAACAAGCUGAAAUCACAAUAAGAAUAUCAAGUUUUGUGUUUAUGAGGUUUCAAAUAUAAAUCUGAUAAACAAACAAAAUACUAGAAUGGCAACGAAAUGGGGAAUUCUUAGUGCUUCAAAAAUAUCUAAUGAUUUCGUUUUGGCGUUGAAUACUUUACCCGUUGAAGAUCAUAAAGUUUUAGCAGUAGCUGCUAAAGACAAACAAAGAGCAAAAGCAUUUGCUGAAAAACAUGAAAUUCUUGUUCAUUAUGAUUCGUAUGAAUUAUUAGCUAAAGAUCCUGGAGUUGAAAUAGUUUAUAUUGGUGCACUUAAUCAUCAACACUACUCACUCACUAAAUUAAUGUUAGAACAUGGUAAACAUGUAUUGUGCGAAAAACCCUUUUGUAUCAAUAUAAAACAAUUAAAAGAAUUGAUUGAGAUAUCCAAACAAAAAAACUUGUUUUUAAUGGAAGCUAUGUGGAGUUAUUUUACACCAGCUUACGAAAGAGUUUUUGAUGAAAUACAAAAAGGAACUAUAGGAAAUGUUCUGAAUGUAAGAGCUAAUUUUGGAGUUCCAAUAAAUGGUGUCGAACGAAUUAUGAAAAAAGAGGUAGGAGGUGGAUCUAUAUUAGACCUUGGAGUUUAUCCUCUUCAUUUGGUCAAUAUGAUAUAUGGUCCCGAAAAACCAAUUUCAAUUUUUAGCGAAGGCAUUUUAAAUCAAUAUGGAAUCGACGAAGCCGUAAUAGCAAUCCUGAGAUAUUCAAACGGAAAAUUAGCAACUAUAUCAACAGAUACAAGAAUGAUUCAAGAUAAUUCUGCUUAUAUUUAUGGAGAUAAAGGUUAUAUAAAGAUCCACCAUUUCUUUCACACAUCUACAAAAGUGACAAUUAAUGGUGUCGACCACAUUUUUGAAUUGCCAAAAACAAAGGAACCCACAAUAUAUGAAAAUAGUGUUCAACUGAGAUACGAAGCAGAACAUGCAAGACAGUGUUUAAAAAAAGGCUUAAUAGAAUCACCGUUUCUCGAUCUCAACAGUAGUUGUGUUGUUCAGGAAUUAAUGGAUACAAUUAGAGUACAAAUUGGUGUUCAUUUUGAUGAAGAUACAAUUUAAAUAUAAACGAAUUUUUUACUCAAAAACAAUGAUAUUAAAUAAUAUUUGAAGUUACUCGAAUUUAAUUAAAAAUAUUUACUCUAAAAAAUAUAUCAAUUGCUAUGAAAUUGUUUAUUAAAUAAUAUUCCUAAAUUUAGUCUAGAAUGUUAUUUAUGUAAUAGAUUAUUUGUCAUUUAUAAAUUAAAUAAUUAAAAUUAAUAUUAAAUGUACCUUUAAUAUCAUUAUUAA